AUGAAGACGGUCACGGUCAAGUCUUAUAUGAAUAGGACUUUGAAGACAUGUGUUACUCAUUAUGAUAUCGGUGAUCUUCCUCCGGAAAUAGCAGCGGAGCUCGCGAAUUUCCCUAACGUGCCGUCGUUCGAAGAAGACAUCUCGAAUCCUUGGAAGCUAUCGCCGGAGACCUCGCCAAAGCCUUUGAUGAUGCCUUUCUCCGGCAAGUCUCGCAGGGCUUCGACGCAGAACUCAAGAGAAGCUGUCGUCAAUACUUCUUCGAGUACGAAGCAACAAAAAACCACGGAGAACGGCGAAAUUAAAUCUAAAGCUGCCCCUUGUUGUGAUAGUCCUUCAGGUUAGUUUUAAGUACUUCCAGGGUGAAUUUUUUCAUCAAAAAAAGAUACCUGAUUCCUAGCUAAAAAUUCACAUUAACAUGUGAAAGAAGUUAUACAUUUUAGAGGAACAUAAUAUUUUUGAUUAAAAAUAUAUUCAAAGGCGUAGAAGUCUUGUGUGAAUUAGGAUGAAACUGGAAAACGACCUGAGACUUUGAUUUUUUUUUUGUGUAUUCCAAAAAAACCUUUGAAAAAAAUUUCUUAACAGGCAAAACGCCUAUUUUUUUGAUUUCAAUUUAAAUUUUUUUCACAUAUUUUAAUUAAUUUUUUUGAGACCACUUUGAAAUAUUUCGAAUUCCACUGAUAAUUUUAAAUCUCACUGUUAACAGUGUUCACAUUAACUAAAAAUCUCAACGAAUAUAAAUUUUGGACGAAUUCUGGAGUAGAACCAACUUCUUUUGAAAAAUAAUUUUACGAGAAGAAUGCAAACAUUCUGAAAAUAUUUCGGAAUUAUUUCGAGUUACUUUGAUUAUUUCAAAAAAACCGGGAGUUAUAUAAACUCGUUCAAACGAUGAUUAGCAGAAAACCAAUCUUAUAAAGAAGUGGGAAAGAUUUGAACUUAAUUCAUUGAUAUCGUAAUUUUCGCAUUUUUUCCGCUUUUCGUGGCCGUGACACUUAUAUUUUCAAGAAUUUCUGAGCAUUCUACCUUUUUCCAAUACUCCGUUAUUGAGAGAUUACAUCAAGAAAAAUACGCAUAGAAUAAGAACUUUUUCCUUUCAACAAAAAUAAAGUAAUGGAAAUCGGACAUUUCAAAUUUUUUUCUGCUAAAGUUUCGGCUUGUAAAUUAGGCAUAUUAUAAUAAAAUAAAAAUGAAUCGAAGGAGACAUGGGACUAUUCGUUUCAGUAUUCGGUAAUGGACCGCGAAGUACAGAGAAGACGCGGGAAAACCGGGAAAGGAUUCCUUUUGUUCGGUUUAAACUACAGAAAGCCGUUGAGGAGUCGGAAACAGAUACAGACAGCGAUCGUUCUUUUUUCUCUGUUCGUUCAUCCGUCUUUCUCAAACAAAUUUAUUUUUUAAGGACGGGUUUUAUUCGGACGAAGAUGAUGAGGAAAAAUUUGAUCGAGAAAUUGCCAAAAAAAUGCAUGAAAAUGGUAAAUACCCGAGAACCUACGAUGAGGACUGGAUGCCUCUCCGAUAA